GCAGAGUGAAGAAGUUUUCGAAGCUGAUGUAAAGCUUGUGUUGAAAGUUUUCUUAUGUGAAAAAAUAAAGAACGACUUAAAAUAAGAAAAAAAGAAAUGUUACGAAAGUGCUUUACUAUUCAAUCUCAGAACCUUUUCAACAACUUAAAGGUAUCGUCUACGGUCACCAAGAAAUAUUUCUCAUCAGAAGUUCAGUUCGAAACUAAGGAUUUUAAAUUGCAUAAAUUAAAUGAUGGACCCAAAACCAAUGUCACUGUAAACAGGGAAGAUGCUUUGAAUUACUAUCGUCAAAUGUUGUCUGUUCGUCGUUUAGAAGCUGCAUCUGGUGCAAUGUACAAAGAAAAACAGAUUCGCGGAUUCUGUCAUUUAUAUUCUGGCCAAGAAGCUUGUGCUGUUGGCAUGAAGGCAGCACUGAGACCACAUGAUGAUGUUAUAACAGCUUAUCGUUGUCAUGGUUGGACCUACUUGAUGGGAGCAUCUAUUGCUAGUGUUUUGUGCGAACUCACUGGACAUAUUGAGGGAGUAUCUCGAGGAAAAGGUGGAUCAAUGCAUUUGUAUGCACCUAACUUUUAUGGAGGAAAUGGUAUCGUGGGAGCUCAAGUUCCAUUGGGCGUAGGAAUAGGAUUCGCCUCUAAGUAUAAAGGAACAGACGGAAUCUGUGUUGCCCUAUAUGGUGAUGGUGCAGCCAAUCAAGGACAAAUUUUCGAAGUUUACAAUAUGUCAAAGUUAUGGGGAACACCUGUUAUAUUUGUUUGUGAAAAUAAUGGUUACGGAAUGGGUACAUCAGCAGAACGUGCAUCUGCAAAUAUUGAGUAUUAUACUCGAGGUGAUUUCAUUCCUGGAAUUUGGGUUGAUGGCAUGGAUGUGUUGGCAGUUCGUGAAGCGACUCGAUUUGCUGUAGAUCAUGCAGCAAAUGGGAAAGGUCCCAUUCUUUUGGAAAUGGCCACAUAUCGUUAUUCUGGUCAUUCAAUGUCAGAUCCAGGUACAAGUUACAGAUCACGCGAUGAAAUCCAAGAAGUUCGACAAACACGCGAUCCAAUCACAUCUUUGAAAGAAAAAAUUUUGACCUCCGGAAUGGCAACAGAAGCUGAAAUAAAAGCCAUUGACACAGAAGUGAAGAAGGAAGUCGAUGAAGCAACUAAAAAAGCUAGGUCAGAUCCAGGAAUUAAAGUCGAGGAGCUUACAUAUGAUAUUUAUGCAAAUGAUGAAAAUCUCAAAUUAGUACGAAAUGUGAUUCCAAAUGCUGAACUACCUCACAAGCGAUUUAACACAGCAAGAAAUUUAUAAUUUUUUUUUUUUGUAUAAUUUUCAGUUCAUUUUAUUUGUAAUUUACAUUCAUUUGAAUCUUUCCAACAAACGCAUUUGUAUGUAAUAAUGAAGUAUAAAUGUUUGUUUUCUUUUUCCCGAAUAAUAGUUACAAUAUUUUGCAUUUUUUGAACUAUAUUUUUAUAUUUUUUCACACUUUUAAAAAUUUAGAGAAACCACUACAUUAAAAAUACAUAAUUACAAACGAAAUGUUGGCUUUAAGUAAAGAAGACAAAUUCAAAUAAAUAUGAAUUAAGAAAAUUGGUAUUACAUUAACUAUAAGUAUGUUUUAACCCAAGGAAAGAGAUCAGAUACAUAAAGAAUGAACUCCUGAAUUAUCGAACAGCUGUAGAUCGAUCAUGUCAAUCAUAGAAAAAAAAUU